GAUGGUCACUUGGAAAUGGACAUGCUAGAGGACCUUCAGACUCUGCAGUUUGAGUAUGGAAUUCCAGAGGAAGAGCAUACCUGGCUGUUCUUGCAGGGCCGUUCUCGGGGACUGAUGAUCGAGGCCUGUGCCCAUGCAACCUUCUUCUGCAAGCUAUUCCGUAUUUUGAGACAAUCAUUACAUGAGAAUCAAACCUCUGAAUGUGUCUCAACUGGAUCACCUGUCGCCUGUGAGAAGCUUAAUGUGGGCAUCAUUGGAGGUGGCCACCUUGGGAAGCAGCUGGCUCGAGUACUGCUUCAGCUUGUCCCCAUCCCCACUGAGAGCCUGCGGAUCUCCACGCGAAGGCCAGAGGUCCUGGAUGAGCUCCAGAAACUAGGAAUCCAGUGCUUUUACCAGAACGCUUAUCUAGUAAAUUGGGCCAACGUGGUAUUCCUCUGCUGCCUGCCAUCUCAACUGCCUAAUAUCUGCUUAGAAAUUCAAAGCAGCCUUGAGAAAACCUGCAUCGUGUACAGCUUUGUAGCUGCCAUCCCAGUACCCAGGCUGAAAUUACUGCUGAACCACACCAAUAUCUUACGGCCUCAGUAUCAGUGUGCUGAUAAAUUUGUUAACAUCUGGGGGGCUAAUAAGGAAAUCACAGCUGCUCUCCAAGAUCCUGUGAUUAUUCGGGCUACCUGCCCCUACAGUCCUGCUGGGGGAAUAACCCUCAAUACCAAGUGGCUGGAGGGAGUAUUCUAUGCAGCCCUAAACAUCUGCACAGCAAAAGAAAUGUCCCACCCACGUGUGCUGCAUCUUUUGAGUGAACAGUUUCUCUCUGUGCACUUCGAAGACUGUGAUAAAGACGGAGCAUCUUGUCCCAAAUUUCAAUUAACAGAUUUUGUCAGCAAAACCUAUGCCAAGAAUCUACCUCUGAGAAGGCCUUUCCCUUGGUUUGAUCUGGCAGCUGUGCAACUCAAGGAAACUCCCUUCAGCCUGCAUCUUUCUAAGAGUACUGCUCUCCAGGACCACCUUACCCAUUUUUACUGUCACUCAUUUGGCAUCUCCCUAAUCAAAGACCAGCCAGAGGUUUCCACUGGCUCUCCAUCCCAGUAAGAGACAAGAUUUUAGGAAUCAGGAUUCUUUUCUAUCUCACAGAUUAGUUCUAAAAUGGGUGUGCCCUGAUUACCACAAUUGACAGUGGGAGUCAUGUGACUAUAUUGUGUUUGCCACAUGUGUUUGCCACAAAUUGGCACUAAGAUAUUAGAAAAAUGUACUGUUGGCUCUUUAAAACGUGGAAUAAAACAAGAAGUCCUUUACCUCGGUAUACUUGGGUGUGUCUGGCUCUAGGAAACAAUCAAAUGAAACUACAUAACCUAACCCACUUAAGUAAACUGCUUCCCCAGGAAAGCCUUGUUAAUUCAAAUGAUUUCUCUCUUAAAAGCUAACCGAAUUCAAGAAAUUAUAGUGUCAUUAUUAGACAGUUACAUGCUGCAGCUUCUGUUCCGGUAGUACUAUGUAGCUUGUAAAUGAUACAGCUUGAUUUUCCUACCAUUUUUUGAUAGACAAGUAAAAUGUAUGGUAAGUCAUCUGAAUUGAAUUAUGGCUCAUUUCAUGCUUAUUUCAGCUAAAAAUGACUAUUCUGAUACUAUCUUACUGAAAUCUGUUCCCAUCAUUUAAAAAAUAGCUGGCAUUUAUAUCAAUUGACUAAAAAUAAUUUUGUGAAGUACAGAACUUAUUUCUAAAGUGUAAAUUUGUUUAUUUCCUAUAUGUUUUGCAAAUACUUUGUCAAUUAUAACAGAGUAGAAAACAAUGGCAGUGACCCCACCUAGUUGGAAAAGGAUGUUAUUUACUAUGCCUUGCCAUUGAACAGAACAUUGUUUGCUAAAUACUGAAGUGCUUUUGAACAAAACCAUUCACCGUACAUGUAAAUCACCAUGGUCUUAGGCUAAUCAUUUACAUUAUGAUUUUGCAUAAUUGUGAGCCAGGCAAAUCCAAUGGUAUGGUGUUAGAAUGGUUUCAGAUAAAAUCCUGUUAGUCCAGUUGUAGGGGAGCAGUUAGAGUCAUCACCAAAUAUUAACACUUGGCAUAAAUGCUACUUUGAGUUAUUGUUCCUCAGUGGGGGAAAACAAUCCCAGGUUCCUCUGAGUAUUCAUUCAGGUAUAAGGAACUGGACAGGUUACAUCAAGGUACAUCACUGUCCUUCUGGAUUAUGUUAACCCUUUUUGGGGCCCUGGUGGUGCGGUGGUUAAGCAUUUGGCUGCUA